CCUCCACGUUGCGUACGGCGCUGCGGCGGGACGCCGAUGCCCCCGUGGCGGGUGCCGGCCUUCGGCGGUCUAGGAGGGACGUCCUGGGCAGAGGGGCGGGGGCUGCUCGGCCUGGGCGGGGUAGGGGGCCUCGGAGGGCGCCUCCGGAGCGGGCGCGAGGGCCACCGUCGGGAGAGUGCCCGGGACGGCGGAGCCUGACUCGCCCUGGAGCCCGGCCGCGGGACCGCGGGGCGGCGGGGCAGGUGCGCGGUCCCAGCCAUGCCCAGCCUCAGAGCUCGAUCUGAAAAGGCAGAAAUGGAGCCCUCAGUUCUUGGACCAUCCCCUUGGAUCCCUGCAGCCCAGGCCUGUGUGAGUGACGCACCUGUUGUGACCCACGCUGGAUCGGCACUCUGUGAUCCCCACUGCUUUGGCUACACUGAGCCAGGAACCACCCCCCCUCACCAUCAGCAGCCAGAUUGGGAUACCAGCACUAAGGGCAAGGAAUUUCUUCAGAAGAAAGAAGUUUCUGAGGAUUUGGAAUCACAAGCGGAAAUAUCAGAAAACUAUACCAGUGAUUUUUCCCAGGCACCUGAGCUUGGAGAAUUCUGUGAUGAUGUACUGGAGGGAGAUUGGGGAAUUCCUGACAGUGAGAGACAGGUGCAGUCACUCUACCAGGAGGGAGGCUUCACACCAGUGGCAGUGCUCCUUAGGAGCCCCUUAGAAAAAGAGCUGGGCUGUGAUGACUUUGUAAGAAGCCUCAGUCUGAGCCCAAACCCAACAGUGUCUCAGGGAAUUCCUACAGAAGAGAGGCCACAUCUGUAUGAUAUGUGUGGCCACAGCUUCCAGCACAGUAUGGACUUAAGUAGCCAUGAGGGCCUUCACAUAGCCGAAAGCCCACUCAUUUGCAGUGAUUGUGGGAAAACCUUCAGGGGAAACCCUGAUCUUAUUCAGCAUCAGAUAACCCAUACUGGACAGAAAUCCUUCGUAUGCAGUGAAUGUGGAAAAUCCUUCAGCCAGAACUCAUUUCUUAAAAAUCAUCAAAGGUCUCAUGUGAGUGAAAAACCCUACCAGUGCAGUGAGUGCAGGAAAACCUUCAGUGUGCACUCACACCUCAUUAGGCAUCAGAUUAACCACAGCGGAGAGAAGCCUUAUGUAUGCAAUGAUUGUGGAAAAGGCUUCAGCCAGAACUCAAGCCUUAAAAAGCACCAGAAGUCUCACAUGAGUGAGAAGCCCUAUGAAUGCAGUGAAUGUGGGAAGGCUUUUCGGCGGAGCUCAAACCUCAUCCAACAUCAAAGAAUUCAUUCUGGAGAGAAGCCGUAUGUGUGCAACGAAUGUGGGAAGGCCUUUAGGCGGAGCUCAAAUCUCAUUAAGCACCACAGGAUUCACACAGGUGAGAAACCUUUUCAGUGUAAUGAGUGUGGGAAAGCAUUCAGCCAGAGCUCACACCUGAGGAAGCAUCAGAGGGUUCACACUGGAGAGAGACCUUAUGAGUGUAAUGAGUGUGGCAAACCAUUCAGCCGGGUUUCCAACCUCAUUAAGCAUCACAGGGUUCACACUGGAGAGAAACCUUAUAAGUGCAGUGACUGUGGGAAGGCCUUCAGUCAGAGUUCGAGCCUCAUUCAGCAUCGGAGAAUUCACACUGGAGAAAAGCCUCAUGUAUGUAAUGUGUGUGGAAAAGCCUUUAGUUAUAGCUCGGUGCUCAGAAAGCACCAGAUAAUCCACACAGGGGAGAAGCCGUAUGAAUGUAGCAUCUGUGGGAAGGCCUUCAGUCACAGCUCAGCCCUCAUUCAGCAUCAGGGUGUACACACGGGUGACAAGCCCUAUGAGUGUCGCGAAUGUGGAAAAACAUUUGGUCGGAGCUCCAACCUCAUCCUUCACCAGCGAGUUCACACUGGAGAGAAACCCUACGAAUGUACUGAAUGUGGAAAAACCUUCAGCCAGAGUUCAACUCUGAUUCAGCAUCAGAGAAUCCAUAAUGGAUUAAAACCCCAUGAAUGUAACCAGUGUGGUAAAGCCUUCAACCGAAGCUCAAACCUUAUACACCACCAGAAAGUUCACACUGGAGAGAAGCCAUACACGUGUGUCGAAUGUGGUAAGGGCUUCAGCCAGAGUUCACACCUUAUUCAGCAUCAGAUAAUCCACACUGGUGAAAGGCCGUAUAAGUGUAGUGAGUGUGGGAAGGCCUUCAGUCAGCGUUCAGUCCUCAUCCAGCACCAGAGGAUCCACACUGGUGUGAAGCCCUAUGACUGCUCUGCUUGUGGGAAAGCAUUCAGCCAGCGGUCCAAGUUGGUCAAACACCAGCUGAUCCACACCAGGGAGUGAAACAGCUCCAUUCCCAACUCCUCUGCCCAUGUCCCAGCUUCACCCUCCCCCCAGACUUGAAGCCAGGUGCACUUGCUGUCCUCUACCCCCACAUCCCACUUUCCACAAAGCCCAGACCCUCCUUCCCCUGCCAGCACUCCUGCUUCCUGUGACCUCUUGUUUCUUGUUUGUUUUGCUUGUACAUUUUGUUAUCAGACUGCCACAAUUGUUAGGAAAGGAAAAAUGAUAGGAGCUUCAUAUUCACAAAUAGAGUUUAUUACUAUAAUCAAACAGAACCAAAAAAGUAAACUGACAUUUGGUUUGAAAUAACCUUAGGAAUGCUUUUCUUUGGUAAUUAGAGUGAACUCUUUGUCUAUGGUUAUAAUUGAUAUUCUGCUUACAUAAAAUCAGGUCAAGAGUUUUUCUGGUCUGAUUACAGUCAUCCUCCCCCAGAAGUGGUGUGCAGUCAUUACAAGUUCCUCACCCUUUCUUGUCCCUCCUGUGCAGUCACUAGAUGCAAGAUUCCUUCUGCCUUUCCUUUGUGCAGGAUCUGAGGUCCUGCUUUCUUACAGUCAAACUCAGGGCUGCUGUGCAGUUAUGCAAGCAGCUGUUUCCCACCCUCUGGCCCUGUGCCUUAUGAUCCUGGCCAUUGGCCCCACAGAGGCCUGCCCUCUCCGUGUCCCUCCUGUUCUCACAAGCUCCCAGGCUCAUUUUUCUCCCACGCCCACUCAUCUCCAGUUAUGGAGCACCUGUGACUGCCCCUAGUAGGUGGGGACUGACCUCUCCAUAGUCCCCAGAGCUGUACCCUUCUCAGUGAGCAGUGGGAGUUGUCCCAGAAGCAACACAUCUGCCACCAGAGAGGACCUUGAUGCCAGCCAGUCCAUCCCAACUUGGGGGUAUCCAAGGGUAGGUGGACAGAGAGGCACCUCCUGUGUUUUUCCAGGAGGAAAGGCAUAACAGGCAGAUGUAGUCAGGUUUGCAGUUAGGGUAGGAAGGUAGGGGCUUGGCUUUUGUGCUUUCAAGAAAGUAGAGGCAGAGCCAUCAGUUGCAAAUGAGGGAGAGAUUUGAAGAGGGAAGUGUGGGAGAGUUGGUUCAAGGGUGCACAGGUCAGGCUUGGGCUACAGUGGGCUGCCUACCCUUCUCUGCAUCACUGCUCAUCUCCUCCCCUCCACUUCUGCCCCACCUUCCCAAGGAAACACCCGAGACAAGAAGUGCCACAUUUGCAGUUUUACUGACACCGUUCCUCUGCUAACCCGCCAAGUCACUUGCUCAUCUUUCCACCCCAUGGAGACCUCCAUCUGUUCAUCCUCAUGCUUCCUCACGCUCAGGCAACCCUCUCUGGCUUCACUUUCCCCCCUUGUCCAGCCUGGAUUCCAUCCUUUUUUCCAGUAAAUACGUGGGGGAUGCUUACUACAUGCCGUUUGCUGGGGACACAGGAAACCAGACAGAAAAAUGCCUGUCCUUGAAGACUUCACAUUCCAGUGGGUAGAGAGAAUGCCUGGAUGAUUAUGAUUAUCAUGAGGCAAAAGGAAAGCAGGAAAUGGGGUCUGGGUGUUUUGAUGGGUUCUGCUUUAAAUAGCUGACCAAGAUGUCCUUUGAGUGAUAACUUGAAGCAAAUGAGAGAAGGGCCGGUGAAGAUGGUGGGUGGGGUAUGACAGCAAGAAUAGCUGAUUUUGUUGGGAAGCCAGAAUUGGGUGGUAAAUUAGGAAUUCGCAGAUGUGACCUGCUGAAGGAGGAGACACAAGCCACCCACACAGGUAACCCUCAGCAUCCAAGCUCCCACUUUGGGAAAAUGAAAACCCUGGGGUCUUUUUCAUUGAAGACACAAUUUCAGUACACUCACAUGAAGAAAUUAAAUUCGCAAGAUUUAAUAACACACAGAUCCCAGAAGCAAGGGGGCACAAUGACCCAGGAGAAGUGCAGUCCACAAUCCCAGGUCAUGAAGGUGCUUAGGGUGGAGAUCACUAACUAAACUCAAGUUGCAAUCCCAGUGUCCACACUCUGGGUGUGUGUAGGGUUAGCAUACAGUAAAAUGGGCAGUAACUGGGAAAAACAAGAGUUUUCCUCAUCAUGCCUAUCCAGAGGCCCUGAGCAGAAGCAGGCCUAGAGUGUUCAAGAAUCCAAACAGGUCAGUAUGGCUAGGAGCUGGGUGAGCAGAGGGAGAAGCAGAUGGGUUGGGAGGUAAUGGGCCAUAUCAGGAAAGGCCUUAUGGCCAUGACAAGGACUUUGGCUUUUAUGCUGGGUGAAAUGGGAGAUGCUGAAGGCUUUUGGCGACAUUUUUAACAAGGUCAUUGCUGUGUGAAGAGGCUCUAGUGGCAAGCAUGUCCUCUGUGUUGCUCCCUCCACAACUCCUUUUGCCCCUUUUCCUGGCCUCCACGCUGUUGGCACAUCCCCUGGGGCUGAGGCAUAGCUGUGGGAGGCCAGAGUCUAGACACAGGAAGGAGGAGUGAGUGUCAAAUUCCAUGGGACCCUUGUCCCUACCCAGUGACUGGGCAAAAUUGACCAAAAUUUUAGGGGCCUGCUCUCUACAGCCUGAGGAAUUUUAAUUUUAGAAAAUCAUGUUUCCAAAGAGAAUGUCUGGAAAGCAAAUUGUCAACUCCCAAUUUCUUUAUCUUUCAUGAUGUCCUUGGAAAUGUUCUUGGGGAACAAAGUCUCAGAAGCCUUGGUGCCAGCGAUUUCAAACCAUUCAAACCCUGCCGGAUACGGAGUGUGAUGGGUGUGUUGCUACCUCAUUUCCAGCCACAAGCAAAAUUCCAGGCCAAUGCCCUUCCAUUGCCCCUCAAGCCACUUUGGAUCUGCCCUGGGAUCCCUCCCCUGCUGACCUCAGGUAUCCAAAUAAUAAACCUCAUGCCUCUGUG